AACGCGAUAGCUAGCCCCGAGACUGCUGGAUCUUUCUAGAUGCAGACCUGGGGGUGGAGCUAGAGUCUCACACUGUGUAGUGUAGAUUGUAGAGUAUCUGUCAACAAUAUAUUACAUUUCAAAAAUGAGCGAUAACGACAAAAGCCGGGUACGUAUACAUUUUAUUACCGUUUGUAAUGCAUUGAACAUUUUAAAUCCUUGGGUUUGACAGGGUAACUGAAAUUGUAACGGUAACAACCUUGUUCAUAUUUUGUUGGCUAGUAGUACCCAGCUUACCUUGUUGGCACAACUCUUUGGUCGAAAGCUGGGUUUUAGAAAGAAAAUAAAUUGCACAAAUUUAAACAAUAAAAGGCGAUUUUAUGCCCAACGGAUACGAGUUUUUAGUUCAUCUUUAGCUACCUGGCUAAGACUAGCUUAUAGAUGAAAGCUAGGCCUGGUGCUUUUUUGUUUACGAGCCGGGGUUUGCACUGAAAACACUGCAAUGUCGGCAAACAUGUUUAUAACGUUUUUAAAUUGUUAAAACUCAGUAAUUUUCAUGUAAAUUUUAGCUUCUUCGUCUGAUUCGUCCUAUGAUUGUGCGUAGAAACCAAAUAAAAUAUUUCAUGUCGUCGCGGAUUCAGUGGAAGACAUUUGCCUAACGAACUGUUAUAUUUUCGCUGUUUUGUUGUUGUUUUUUGUUUGUUUGUUUGUUUUUGUUUUUGUUUUGUCCCCCCCCUUCCCCGGAUUGAAUUAUAUCAUGUUACGUCUGCUGGUUAUUAAUCUUUGAAUGUCAUUGUGGGUUUCCUUAGUUCUUAGGCAUUACAGCAAUUUAAAACAAAACUAACGACCUCAAGAUUUGACCUUUUUUUUUAAAAAUUCAUUUUUAUUAACUCAUGCAGCUCUCCCACACCAUCUUAAAACGGUUAAAGCUGAUACGCCACAAGCACCAGCAUUAUGGAUAAGUUUGAUUAAUACUUGCUGGGCUGACUGACCUGUGUGCAGUAAUAUCCUUCCUGUAGUGAACUGUUUAAUAUCCCCUCACCUUGCACAGCUCCUGAAUGCUUCUGUCUGUUUAAUGGGUGUGUGAUAUGCCCUGUGUUCCCAUGUUAUUAAAUAUAUGUGGGAGGGCAAAUGGCAGAUUAAGAAAAAAGAAAUGAAGAAUUUAUUUUCUGCAUGUAAACCCAUAUUUUGAACUGGUUUGUAUUAGUUCCUGCAAGGUGCUGGGUGCUUGUUGCUUAACUAACAAGUUUUUUUUUUGCCUCUUAUUGGAUUUCUUUUUUUGGUUAAUAUUUAAUCUUUAAGGUUUUCAAUAUAUUAUGUAAUCGUAACAGAUAGCAACAGUUUUCUGUCUUUGCAUUUCCAGAACAGGUUUUAAGUGCUGCUCAGUACAAAUGAGUGGCUGCUACAUCUUGAGGUCGUUGGAGCAAAUUUAAGACUUUAUUUUGGAGUUAUCCACAAAAAAAUGGAGACAGUGUUGGUAGUUUUAAUCUUAAUUAUAAAAUAUUCACAGUCAGUGGUUUGAUGAACACUAUGGUGACUUAAAGGCCAUUUGUCAGAAAUUAUGUAAGAAAGGUUCAUUUGGGAAAAUAUAUUGUUAAAGGAAGGCAAAGGGAAUCACAAGAAGUUACCUUCACAUCCUUAUCCUUCAGUUUUAGUUGUAAUUUUUAAAAAAUGAUCACACCCGGUUUUACCUCUCAAUUAUUCCAAAUUGUUUUUGAGGAAGUUCUUAGGAAAAGUGGCCAGAAAAACACAAAAGUGAAAGCAAAACCACUGAGCGUGAAUAUUAAUAAAAACACUGACAGUAUGUAUAAUGUGGUCUUUAACAUUCCCAUUAAUGUCAUUAGCUCGUACUACUACUACUACUACUACUACUAAUAAUAAUAAUAAUAAUACAACAUUAAACGUUGAAUGAGCGUGCAGUUUUAAUUGCAGUCAUAUAUUCUUCAUCCUUUUCUUUUUCAUAAAGGUUAAGGUUGGACGAAGAAAAUACGGAAGAAGUCCACUUUAUUUUCAAUAAUAUGAAGCUCAGAUGUGUGAAGCUGAAUUGUUGAAUGCAUGCUAAAACAUGAGGAGGGAAGAAGUAUGGGCAGUGUGUGAGAGAUGGGGAAGUAAGAAGAAGUAAGACAAUUGAAGAAAGAAGAAUAAUGUCAAGUAAUGAAGUUACAGAAAUGAAGUUAAGGAAGUAAUCUGGAUAAGGUCACUGCGCUAAGUAAAUUUCUGGAGUCUCGCUCUGCAUCCAGGAGCGUGACCCCACGGGGCUCUGGGAAGUUGGGGAGCCAGUCCCCAGCUCAAUCUCCUGCCCACUCAAAAGGAGGCUCCCACUCCAAAUCUCGCUCUCGGUCAAGGUCAAAAUCUUGGUCACAUUCCCACCGCUCACGGAGACACUACAGCCGCUCCCGCUCCCGAUCCUAUCAUCACCGAUCUCACAGUAGGUCCUACAGCGGAGAGCGUCGGCGCAGAAGCCACAGCCAUUCACCCAUGUCCAAUCGUCGGAGGCACAUUGGCAACCGUGCUAAUCCAGAUCCGAAUUGCUGCCUGGGAGUCUUUGGCCUGAGCUUGUACACCACAGAGAGGGAUCUGAGGGACGUCUUCUCCAAAUACGGCCCCCUGGACGAUGUCUCCAUUGUGUAUGACCAGCAGUCGAGGCGAUCCAGGGGCUUUGCUUUUGUGUAUUUCGAGAACACAGAUGAUGCCAAAGAGGCGAAGGAGCGAGCCAAUGGCAUGGAGCUGGACGGGCGUACAAUCAGGGUGGACUUCUCCAUCACAAAAAGACCUCACACCCCAACACCUGGAAUUUACAUGGGCCGGCCCACAUACGGAGGAGGCGGUCCAAGCGGUCCCCGACGCUAUUCACGUGACUACGACCGUGGUUACGACCGUGGAUAUGACCGAGGUGGAUACGACCGCUAUGAUGACAGGGACUACUACAGAUCAUACAGAAGGCGAUCUCCUUCACCGUACUACAGAGGCGCUUACAGGUCUCGAUCGAGGUCACGGUCUUAUUCUCCCCGUCGAUAUUGAAGGCUUCUGUCCCCUUAUCUUCCCAAAUGUGCAGAAUUUCUUUUCUUUUUUUUUUGGGGGGGGGGUUGUUACGUUUUGUAAAGACAGAUAUGAUUGACUUCAGAGUACAUCUUUCUUACUCUAAUCAUCAAACACCUUUUUGCUUAAAAUACAUUAAGUAUAGUAAAUUUAUGAAGCGGUCCUUUCAUGUUUUGAACGCCUGUUGUAAAUGUUAUACUCAUGUCAGAUUUAUGUUGUGUAGUGGAGCAGAUUAAAAAGGAGAUCUGUUUUUCCCACCUUGA